AUGGGACAUAUAGGCUACGAAGUAUCCGCCCGCUCCGGCAACGCAGCUUGCGCUUUCAAUGGGACAGGUUACACACCCUCAGGACUGAAAAUGUAUAUACCGGAGACAGCUCUGUGUGAUAAUAUGCUCCCGAUACCUCCAUCCAUCGACGAACUGGAUAACGAGAAAGCGCAGGAGGCAAACCAAAGACAAGACGAGCAUGAGCCGGAAAUAUAUGCAUCUGACGAGGCGUCCAUACCUUCAAAUGCAUUAGCAGAACCCCGAUCUACAAUUCCCAGGCAGCGUGAUAUCGCCUUGCAAAAUAUACGUCGCGCGGCCAUGCUACCUUCGAUCCCGCUGCCUGCUCCGAGCGAUGUGAGAGAGCACAAUAGUCCCAUUUGCUCGAAUCCUUGGACGAGAGAUACAAGGACAAGUGAUAGAAUGACGUUAGAUAUCGUGCUCGUGAUCCCUACGCAGAAGAUUGAUGUCGCGAGCUCGCUGUCACAGCCUUCAUCUUCUGCGGUGUGGGCGACACAGUCAACAAAUAUCAGUUCUCCCAUGGUCACUUCAGAAGGCAGUGAUAUUUUCCCCAGUACCGUGACACCAACACCGGACACUGGGACAUAUUCCGGGACCACCGUUAAAAGUCAGAGUGGUGAGGGCACAAAGCGGAAUGGCAGUGGAGUGCUUGGGGCUGUUUUAUCGAACGGUGUCGAGUACGUGAAUUUUAAGACUGUGAUAGUUGUGGGUAUUUUCACGUUAGUGCUGUGGACUUUUGUUUUUCUUCAAUGCUUUUAG